ACAAUAUUUACAAAAUUGAGUCAAUUGUUGGGCGUUUCAGACAUCAGUGAAGCGAUUAUUGUUUUUUUGGAUUCAAUUGAGUGAUAGUUAAGUGAAGUUAUCAUCGAUUAUACGGUUUGUUGUGAUGGCCAGUCAAACACAUGGCAUUCAACAAUUGUUGACCGCAGAGAAACGUGCGGCAGAAAAGGUCCAAGAGGCCAGAAAACGUAAAGCACGGCGACUCAAACAGGCCAAAGAUGAGGCCAACGCAGAGAUCGACAAAUUUAAGGCCGAAAGAGAAAAACAGUUUCGAGAUUAUGAACGACAACAUAUGGGUUCCCGAGACGAUAUUGCGGCCAAAAUAGAGGUCGAGACCCGCAUUAAGAUGGAUGUCAUGAAUAAGACUGUUAUGACUGCGAAAGACAAAGUAAUUGAAGACCUGUUGGCUCGAGUUAUAUGCGAUGUUAAGCCACAACUUCACCGAAACUUAAGACUCGAAGACUUGAAAUAGUUUUUAUUAUUUUAGGUUUCAUUUAAAUGUAAUACUAAUUACAUUCCGUUAUAUAUUAUAUAGUAAUAUAACAUUUUAGUCGAGAAAUAUAUUAAUUAAUUAUUAUUAAAUAUUAUAUAAUACAGUGAAAACAUAACAUUGUUUGAAAA